AUGGGCAAGAAACGCGUUCUCUGCUCCUAUGGUGUUGAUUUGGACGCCGUUUCAGGCUGGCUGGGUUCUUACGGCGGUCAGGACUCUGAGCACGAUAUCAGUCGAGGUGUCUUCGCUGGCGAAGUGGGGGUGCCUCGACUUCUUAAGCUCUUCGAGAAGUAUUCCAUCAGGACGACCUGGUUCAUUCCUGGACACUCACUCGAGACGUUCCCGAAGGCUUGCGAACAAGUGCGCGACGCUGGCCACGAAAUUGGUCUACAUGGCUAUUCCCACGAAGAUCCCAACCGACUAUCCUCACAGCAACAACGGGAUAUCCUGGAGAGGACUGUGGGUAUGUUGACAGAUUUUUGUGGCGGAGAGCGACCUCGCGGAUAUGUUGCUCCUUGGUGGGAAGUGGGUCAGGAGACAAUUGAGCUCCUGCUCGAGUUCGGCAUUAAGUAUGACCAUAGUUUGAGCCAUCACGACUGCCAAGCAUACAGAGCGCGCCUCGGAGACAGCUGGACUAAGAUCGAUUAUGAUCAGCCUGCAGAAAAUUGGAUGAAGCCGUUGGUCAGGGGCCCAGAGAGCGAACUUGUCGAGAUUCCUGCGUCGUGGUAUUUGGACGACAUGGUACCGUUGAUGUUCAUCAAGGGCUCUGCCAACAGCCACGGAUGGGUCAAUCCGCGUGAUGUCGAAGCGCUCUGGAAGGAUCAAUUCGACUUCUGCUACCGGGAGUACGAUGAAUUCAUCUUUCCGAUGACGAUUCAUCCGGAUGUCUCGGGUCGUCCGCACGUUCUGCUCAUGCAGGAGAGGAUCAUUGAGCACAUCAACAAACACGAAGGCGUAGAAUGGGUUACCAUGGGCGAUAUCUACGAAGAUUUCGUGAGCAGAAACCCUCGACGUGAACAGGGCGAAUAA